AUUUGUCGUACAAUUACACAACGCCACAGCCGGGAGAUAUUGUAAACAUGCGUGUAUCAGCUGACCCGCACUCUUCUGUCUAUGUCUUGGGGGAGGAUCUCCGAAACCGUGUAUUCGGAACUGAAAACGACAUUUUCUGGACAGAUGUGGUGAAUCGGAUAGCUGAUAUCAGUCCUCAUGUAACUCAAAACAUAGCCAAUUUUAGAAGCCGGGCAAAGCGAGCAGUUGAAGUAAGACGAUUGGUAAAACGCUCACACGGACCACUUGGAGAUCUUGAUGACACAUAUAUUGAAAGUGGAUUGAUAGUUCUUUCUGAUGCCAAAGUAUCUGAGGAAAAGAUAGAUUUGCUUACAACGAAAGGAUAUCCAACCGAGUGUAAAGGAGAAUGGACAACGACACCAGCUUCAUCAUAUUCCACAACGACAGGGCAAGACGAUGGAAUGGAACCGAUGCCGGACAGUAUGCUACCACCAAGGCGGCCUAUGGACAGAUUUCCCAUAGAAGGCAUUGUUGAGCCGGGUCCAUCCCUUGAGGAAAUCGUUCGUACUAGGUUUCCAGACACGUGGUUAUGGGAUGAUUAUAGAAUUGGGUCAAGUGGAGAAAUAAAUGUCAACCUGAAAGUACCCGACUCCAUGACAACGUGGGUGACGUCAGUAUUUGCACUUAACCCGAAGACGGGAUUUGGAAUUUAUGAUUUAAAGCCAGAGGUAACAGUUAGAAAAAUGUUUUUUCUUACAAUGGACCUUCCAGCGUCGAUUGUUCUUGGCGAAGAGUUUCUCCUCCAGAUUACAGUUUUCAAUAACUACCCUGUGACUAAAAUGGUUUUCCUACAGAUAACGAUGUCUGAUAAUCCGAACAACCUUUUUCCAGCUUCGACUAAAGUGAAAGGAAAUGACGGUCAUUCAACAUUUAUUCGAUUUCAGCCUGAACAAAUUGGAGUAUUAAAUAUAACAGUUAAAGCAUUCAUCAUGGACAAUAUGUUCUUUCCUGUACCAGACAUAAUAAUGAAAAGUGUUAUAGUACGGCCGAAUGGCGUUUUUAAAACAACCAAUGAACAACAUUUGAUAUCCGUUACUCCAGCUUCCAGCCCAGUUACAAAACAAAUUACCAUUAUUACUCCUGACAAUAUGGUGGAAAAUUCCGAAUUUACUAUAAUCAUCAUAACCGGAAAUUUCAUGGUACCUAGUAUUGAAGGUUUAGACAGUUUGAUAAAAUUGCCUUAUGGUUGCGGUGAGCAGACUAUGAUUAAUUUUGCCCCAACAAUAUACAUCACGGAUUAUCUUACUAUCGUGGGAAAAUUGACUGCAGAAAUACGACUUAAAUCAGCUGAAAGUUUGCAUAAAGGAUUUCAACAAGAACUGACGUUUAAACGCUAUGACGGCUCAUUUAGCGCAUUUGGAAAUCGUGAUUCGUCAGGAAGCAGCUGGUUGACGGCAUUCGUAUUGAAAUGCUUUGGGGAAGCGAAAGGGCUUAUACAAAUUGAUGAUACAAUUAUGGUGAACGCUAUGACAUGGUUACUGAGGUAUCAAAAUAGUGACGGAUCUUUUCGAGAGCCUGGAAGGGUUAUUCACUACCAGAUGCAGGGUGGUACUUCUUCUGGUAUAACGAUGUCAGCUUUCAUUAUUAUAUCAUUAUUAGAAAACAAAAACAUGGGAGGUGUUCAGGGUUUAACAAGUGCAAUUACAAAGGCUUCGUCAUAUUUGGAAGGAAAACUUCACGAUGUCACAGAUUCUUAUACACUUGCCAUUCUUUGCUACGCUCUUGCAAGUGCCAACAGCCAUUUGAGAUCAACAUGUUAUAUGAAGUUGAAAGAUGCUGCAAUAUACGAUGAUGAUAAGGUACACUGGGAAGCUAAUCGUAAAGUCUCCAAGAGGGAAGUAGGUUCCAAGGUAUUAACAGAUAGAGCACCGGCAAAGGAUAUAGAAGCAUCAUCAUAUGCUCUACUAACGUACAUGAAACUUGGAUACUUCUCAGAGGCUUUCCCUAUCGUUACAUGGCUUGUGUCACAACGAAACCCGACUGGUGGUCAGAGUUCUACUCAGGACACAAUUAUAUCAAUACAAGCGAUGGCCGAAUAUGCAAGUAGCGGGAAUGGUGCACCAGGUCCAGGCUACGGAGUAUUUUUUAGACUAUCUAGUUCAGGGAAUUUCAAACAUGAAUAUUCAAUUAACUCUGCUACUUUCGACUUCGUACAUAGAAUCGAGGUACCAAACGAUGUUGAAACAAUAACGGUUCUAGUUAACGGAUCGGGUUUAGCGGUAAUUGAUGUAUCUACUUCCUAUUAUGUUACUGGAAAUGAAAUUGAUGAUAAGAUCGGAGUGAACGUGACAGUUACAACAGAGCUUAUAAAUACUGUUUCGAUUAAAUCGUGCUUAAGAUGGAAUGGAAGAUUGGAUAGUGGCAUGUUACUUAUGGAGGUCGAAAUGCCAACUGGCUUUCAGUCUAAUGCCACUGUACUAAACCGCCAGAGUAUGAUAAUGAAACACGAAACAAAUGGCAGAAUAAUUGCUCUAUAUUUCAAUGGUGUUAAACCUAGUACAAACAUUUGUGUUGAUGUGAAAAUGGACCGUGUUGACCCUGUUGUUAAAAGUCAAGCAUGUCACGUGAAAGCAUACGACUACUAUGAUCCAGUUCACCAAGCAAUAACUAGAUAUGAAUUUGGACUGCUGAAGAGCUCAAACAUUUGUAACAUUUGUCCUUUGUGUGGAUUCUGUACCAAUGCUGACAAUUGAGGAACGAAAGGAGUUUGCCGAUACGCUAACAAUACCACCUUCUGGAUACCGUAUACAUAUUAAAGUGUACAACGGACUUUAAUAAGAUAGUACAUUAAAUACGUUUAAACUUUAUAUAUGAAAGUUAGAGUUCUUUAUUGGAAUAAAUUAUAACAA